AGCAUUAAAUGAACUCAAAAACAGAAAGAAUUUGAAAAACUUUCUAUGAAUUAUAGUCCUAUUCACAGUCUUGAUCUUUAACUUCGACAUGGUAGCCUUCUACAUCAAGUAUGUUGGUGGAGAUAUUUAUGUUAACAUGUUGGCAACCUGAGUGUCGGAUUUGGUGGGGAUUUUUGGAGCAGGUGUUGUACAGAGAUGAGUGGGGACAAAGAAUACAUUUUUGGUGUUCCUAGUGGCUGCUUUUGGGACGUCAAUUCCGUUGUUGGUGACCAGGGAUGUGGUUAUUGUUGCUAUAUCGAUCUUUGGGUGCAAGCUCUUCCUCGGAGGCGCAUUCAUGGUCAGCUACUACUCCAACUCUGAAUUCUUCCCUGCCCUGUUCACCCCAUUCGCAUUCUCCGUCUGUUCAUUCAUUGCCCAUAUCUUCGCAUGCUUAGCUCCCGAAGUAGCCGAACUCAAGCCUGAAAGUAUCCCUGUAUCCACAAUGCUGGCUCUCACCCUCCUCGCAGGCACAGUCGCCCUGCUUCUUGAGAAGCCGACAAAAUAA